AUGUUUAAAAACACAACAGUUAAUAAAGAUAGUAGUAAACCUUUAAAAAAUAAUGGUAGUGAAAGUAGUAGCAGUAGUAAUAAAAUAACGCCAACAAAUAAUUUAAGUAAUAAUGAUAAUAAUCCAUCAGGUUCAAAUAUUAAUACAUCAGGUUUAGGAAGAAGUGAUGAAUUUAAAGAAUAUUUGUUAAAAGAGAUAGCCAUUCUCAAAUUAGAAAACGAUAGAUAUAGAAAUCAAAGUUUUGGGUAUGAAAGAAAGAGAAAACCAUUGUCAGAAGAUGCAAAAUUUGUAGGAGGUUUUUCAAUGGGUUUUGAAAAAACAUGGGAUUUAUUCGAAUUCCAAUUUAGAUAUCAUUUUGGUCCACGUUUUGAUAAUCCAGAUUUAGUUUCAAGUUUAAAAGGUGACGCAUUAAUUUAUUUACAAAGAACAGACCCAAAUGGAAAUAAGACUGCAGAAGAGAAUUUAGUACAGUUAAGAAAACAUUAUCAAGAUCUCCCUACUACAUUAUUACUCAAAUUUAGUGAAUUUACCAGAACGGGCAAAUUCGAAUCAUUAGAACGUUUAUUAUUAGUCUUCGAUACAGUUCGUACGAGAGCAAAAUUAUCAGAUGAUGCUGCAAUAGUCACUCUUAAGACAGCCCUGGGUAUGAAUUUCUCAAAAGCUUUAAUGGUAGAUAUUUCAGAUGUAGAAGGUUAUACAUCAUUUCAGAAAUUUAGUGAAAAAAUCGUUCGUCUCGAAAAGAAUUAUCAAUUAACAAUGGGUAAAUCUCUUUAUUUACGCCAAGAUGAAAUUCAAGGUGUAUUUGGUGCCAGUGUUUCAAGUUCAGGAUUAACUCCAGUAGUCAGUAAUGAAGUAACAGUAAUAGAUGUCAAUAGAAAUAGUGGGGUUAAAUGUUUUAAUUGUGGUAAUCCAAAUCAUUUAGCUAGAGAAUGUAGAGAAAAGUAUAAUAAUAGUAAUAGAAGAGAUAAUUAUCAGUCAAAAUUCAGUAAUAAUAGAUCAAAUAACAAUAACUAUAGAUCAAAUAAUGUCUUACAUUUUGAGCCAGUUCAAGAACCAUCAUUAAAUAAAGUCGACUCAUCAUUGGUAAAUAAUAAAUUAUUUAAUAAUCAAUCUUCAAAAACAAAUAAUAAUAUUCAAUCACAUUCAAAAGAUAGCAAUAAUAAUAAUUUUCAAACAUCAUCAGCUCAUAUUAAUAAUAGUAUUAUGGAUAAUCAACAAUCACCAUUAGAUAAUAAUAAUAAUAAUCAUGAUGAUAAUAACAAAAGUAAAAAUAAUAAUAAAGUCGAAGAUAUUGUCAAAUUUAAUAAAUAUAGUAUAGAAUUAUUAGAAAAGAUCGAUUUUAGUCCACAGCCAUAUCAAAAAGAAAUAGUAACACCACCAAGACCAGAUAUAGAUUUUAAAGUAGCUCAAGAUAGUUCAAUCAUUUUAACACCUCAACAAGCAAAAUUCGAUCAAUUAAAGAAAAAUUAUUCAGAGAUUAUUCCAGAAAAGUUAAAGAAAGAAAGUCUAGCAAAACAAAUAUAUCAUAGUAUUCCAUUCAUAGACGGUACAGAAGAAUCAAAACUUCAUCAAGCACCAUAUCCAGUUUCAGCUUUGAAAAUGUCACAUGAAUCUGGAUUAAAGAAUCAUUGUAAAUUUAACGAAAAAGAAAUCAUUGAAUUUACAUCUUUUUGCACAAACCAAAUAUGCAACAGAAACCAAUUAAUACUAACAAAAAUCAUCAACAAAAACAAACCACUCAAUCUAUUAAUAGAAAAACCACAAAACGACACAAACCUAUAA